GGCACGUGAUCCCAGAUCAAGACGCCACGCUCAGCGUCACACCACGGAGAGCCUGAGUAGAUGUACAGCUUCUUUACAGGAUAAUAAAUGCUUAUUUCCUCCUAAAAUAAAAAUACACCAAGGAUGAAGUGUCAUAAAACGCAGUGAACACGUUGGUUUGUUUGAGGCAAUGACCCCUGAGUCCAGAGAGCGUCUUAAGGUUGAAGCUCCGCCCGCAGCGUCAGCCGGCGGCGCACACCGGUGUAACAAACCGAACAUCCUCUUCACCACGGUUUCAGGAAGUCAGCCGGAGUUGUGGUAUUGUUGCCACGGAACUCGUGAAGUGGGCUUUAAAUUUUAUAAACCACAUUUUUUUCACCUUGAAAACAAAGUGAUAUUCUAAGUGUUGUGUUCGGCUGUGAGGGAUUCUGACACCGUAAUGCCACCUAAAAAGCGAGGCUCGGGGACGACACAGAACAAGGAGCUGAAGUCUGGAGCUGAAAGUGCUUCAACGGACAAGAAGGAGAUCUCAGAGUUAUCUUUAAAAAAACACAGAGACAAGGACUCUGAGUUUGUGAGCCUGUGUAAAGGUUUACAUGUGACAGACUCGGUGUGUGACCAUGCCUGGAAGCUGUGGAAAGCUGUACAAGACUCCAUGGAUGAAGUGGCUGACGGCCAGGCCAAGCUGUGGGGGGCUUGUCUGUUUGCGUCAGUUACAGACCUGGAUGCUCCGUGUUUCACCAUAACUCAGGUCCUGAAAGCAGUCAGUCUGAAUGUUAAGCAGUUUGUGGCUCUGGUGAAGAAGCUGGAUGUGAACAUGGACACUAUAAGCACCAAGGUGAAUUCAGCUCUGACACGACUGGAGAACAAGUACGAUGUGACGCUGGCUCUCUACCAGAGGUUUGAGAAGACAUGCAAGAACAUCUUUGCUUUGGUUUCAGAUGAAAAAGAGAGGGAGACCACACGGAGCUGCUGGACAAUGUUUCUCCUUGCCAAAGGAAGGGCUUUGCAGAUGGAGGAUGACCUGGUCAUCUCCUUCCAGCUGCUGCUUUGUACACUGGAGUUGUGCAUCAAGCGCUGCCCUCCUGAGCUUCUGCAGCCUCUUUACAAAUCUGCAAUCAGCAAAGUUCAGAGCCCCCUGACACGAACAUCUCGUCGCAACCAGAGCAAAGCCAAAACCCGGCCUGCAGAGCCAGAAGUGGAUCUAAAGCUUCUCAAAACUCUGUGCGACGAGAACGACUGCAACACAGACGAGGUGAAGAACAUAUACCAGACCAGCUUCUCAGCCUUCCUGGACUCACUGGAUCUAUCAAGAUCUCCAGAUUUUCCUCAGGUGUCCGACCUCAACCAACAAUAUGAAGAGCACUACCUCAAGAGCAGGGACUUUGAUGGACGGCUGUUUUUUGAAGGGGAUGAGACGGUUCAAGCCCCUAAAGUGGAGAUAUCACAGGUGGAGAGAACGCCAAAGAAGAACCUUCCAGAUGAAGAUGUCGUCAUGAUUCCUCCCCAGACUCCAAUCAGAGCCGCCAUGACCUCCAUUCAACAGCUGAGAGGCGACCUCACCUCCACUGGAGAUCAACCAUCUACCAACCUGGCUACAUAUUUCAAAAACUGCACCGUGGACCCCACGCAGGACGUGCUGAAGCGUAUGGAGACGCUUGGUUUGGCGUUCAGCCAGAGGUUCGGUCAGGCAGUCGGCCCCCAUUGCAUCACACUUGGCAGACAGAGAUUUACCCUCGGUGUCAGACUGUAUUACAAAAUCAUGGAGUCAAUGCUGAAAUCGGAAGAGAAACGACUCUCUGUGCAGAACUUCAGUAAACUUCUCAAUGACUCCACAUUUCACACAUCGCUUUUGGCCUGCGCUCUGGAGGUAGUGAUGGCCACGUAUGGAGAGAGCAGUUUUAAGACCGGAGGAUACAACCACGGUGGAGGUGAGGGAGCUGAAACAGACGUUUGUUUCCCCUGGAUACUGGAUGUGGUCGGCCUCGCCGCCUUCGACUUCUACAAAGUUAUAGAGAGCUUCAUCAAAGCUGACCCAACUCUGAGCAAAGACAUCGUAAAACAUCUGGAGACCUGCGAGAACCUCAUCAUGGAGAGGAUCGCAUGGAGGACGGGCUCCCCGCUGUUUGAGCUGCUGAAACAGGAGCAUGAGGGGGGAGCAGCAGAGCAGGUGGAAACUCCCGCCAGCUUCAGCCAACCGCUGCAGCACAACCACACCGCAGCCGACCUGUAUCUGUCCCCCAUGCGCCCGGGCCAUCGUAUCCUGCCUCCCGAGUCCCCAGGCGCACCCAACUCUCAGGCUUCCUCUCAGCUUCCGACACUUCCUGCCAAUCAGACUCCACGACAUACAAAAUCCAACUCUCUCAGCCUCUUCUAUAAGAAAUUGUACCGCCUUGCCUAUCUAAGGCUAAAGAUGCUCUGCUCCUACCUGCUCUCCUCCCACCCCGAACUGGAGCCCAUCAUAUGGACCCUGUUCCAGCACACCCUGCAGCACGAGUACGAGCUGAUGAGGGACCGUCACCUCGACCAGCUCAUGAUGUCUGCCAUGUAUGCCAUAUGUAAAGUGAAGAGUGUUGAUCUGCGCUUCAAGACCAUCGUCACAGCGUACAAGAACAUGCCAAACACCAACCAGGAGACUUUUAAGCAUGUGUUGAUGUCUGAAGGCCACUAUGACUCCAUCAUCGUCUUCUACAACCAAGUGUUCAUGCAGAAGCUGAAAACCAACAUCUUGCAGUAUGCGUCCACCAGGCCCCCCACCCUCUCUCCUAUCCCACAAAUACCACGCAGCCCCUACAAGUUCCCAAACUCCCCCCUACGCGUGCCUGGAAGCAACAACGUGUACAUCUCCCCCCUGAAAAGCUCCCGCAUGUCUCCUGGUAUCAUGACUCCUCGCUCCAGAAUGCUGGUAUCAAUCGGAGAAUCUUUUGGGCUGUCCAACCGGUUCCAGAAGAUCAACCAGAUGGUAAACAGCAGCGAUCGCUCCUUUAAGAGGACUUUGGAUCUCGGCUCCACCCCAAAACCUCUGAAGAGGUUACGGUUUGACGUGGACGGACAAGAUGAGGCUGAUGGCAGCAAAUCUGGAGGAGAUUCUACUCUGAUACAGAAGCUAGCAGAGAUGAGCUCUACUCGCAAUCGCAUGCAGGAGCAGAAGAUGAAGGAGGAUGCAGAGUUGAGGAAGGAGUAACUCUGAAAGCUACUGAGCUGACCUGCACUGUUUGCCACAAAGUGAAACAUGAGUUUCUCUGUACAUUUAGGAUUGGAUUUUUAGUUUGUAUUUAACUUUGAGGAAUAAUAUGUGAAUAUGGAGGACCUGCUCCUCUUUUUUUGUUGUUGUUACUUUAACCAAGUGUUUUAACUGAAUAAUGACUGAUGGUGAGUUUUAAUUUGGACGUGUUGGAGAUUAAUGUUUUGUUUUAAUAGCGUUAUUAACAUUGUGGGUGCUAGAGAAAAACUUUCUCUUGGGAAUCUCUCAGUUGGGAGGAGCGUUGUCACGAUACAUUGCUGGUUUUGUUGAUGAAGUCUUUGCACCAUCGGGGGCGUCACAAGUUGAGUUCCUUCUUUUUUUUACAGUCUUGUCACAUUUGAAAGGUUUCGAUCAUGAAGUAACAUUUUCAGUGUUAAAUCAUGAUUACUUUCAUUUAGCUGUCAGCCUCUGAGGGAAAUCACUCUGUGUUUUCAUGCAGAACGUUUACCUCUUCAAGUGAACAUUUUAAUAUUGUAGGAAACUUUAUACUGUGCAACAAAGCUGGAGCUAAAGAGGAUUAAACAUUUUUUUUAAAGGAAAUCUUGCAUGACUCACCCUCAGCUUAAAUUCAUGCAUUUUAACGGAUUUCUUCAUGGGUCAUGCUUUUCUUCAGUGUAUUGUUUUACAGUUUAUUCAGCGGUUUUAAAAAAUCAUACAUCAAAAUGAAACCUCCACUGAAGUGUUUCAACUGAAGAAACACUUUAGUGUUCAACUGGAUUCUUCAGUAUAUUGUUGGUCAAAGUUCUGAGAGGGUUUUUGAGCAUUUAAAAAAAAAAGGGGGAAUUAUUGCAGCAAAGCACCACAUAAAGCUAAUUAUAAUGUGGAUUACACUCCAGAAAAAAACAUUAACAUUGGGGAAAAAAUAGAAAUAUCAAUGAUCAGAUGUCUUAAUAAAUGUCUUUCUACUGGUCUUUUUUAAAGUA